AGCUUACUUGCCUUCACUACAGAUGCACAUUUUUCUUUCUUUAUUCUUCUUUUUCGCUAGUACGUUUUUAUCAGUUGACUAAUAACGAUAAACUAUAAGACCAUGGGAAAUCAGAUUGUCAACGCAUUUUUAAAAGUUCUUGGCCCUCUAUUAUUUCUUAUUGGUAUCAUUGGCAAUUUCCUGAUCGUAAUAGCGGUAUGGAAAAAAAGAUCGUUGCGAUCGACGGCCAAUUAUCUCUUGCUAAACAUAGCCGCUGCAGACAUUAUUUGUUUGGUGUUUUUGCCUUUGACGCUGGUUGAGAAGUACUUGAGUUUCCAAGGCCUUUUUUCGGACGUUCUCUGCAAAUUUUUCGUAUCAUUCCACGUGCCUCUCACUGCAAGUUUUGCAUCGAUUCUUACCCUUGUUGUACUGUCUGUGGAGAGAUACCACGCAGUUGUAAAACCACUAAACGCUGGAAAAAGACUACGAGAGGGCACUGUGAAAUACGCCAUUAUUGCUGUAUGGAUAACAGCAAUAUUGCUCACUUUACCAACUUACAUUUAUAGCGUUUACCAAAAUACUUCAAAAUGUGAUUAUAGCCUUCAAGAGAAAUAUCAAAAGAUUUAUGUGAGCAUUCUCAUGUCCCUAGCUGUUUUCAUUCCAUUCAUCGUCAUUAUUUUCUGCUACUUUCGAAUCAUUCGUGAGCUGUACUUCAAGAACAAAGUUGAGCCACAGAACGUAGCAGCCGAAGAAGAUGCUCGUGCUAAGCGUAAACUCGUCAAGUUCUCUCUUUCGUUAACAUCAGCUUUCAUCCUUUGCUUCUUUCCUCUUACCAUAACAGUUAUUCUUGAUAAACUCUAUGGCGGAUUCGCAACCAAAAUAUAUAAUUACACAGGAUUUAUAUUUGUUCUGCAGUCGGUUUUGAAUCCCUUUCUGUACACAUUUCAAAGCACCAAUUUUCGUCAGGCUUUUAAAGAAAUGCUCAAGUUUAAACUGUGUCCCUGCUGCAAAUUAAAUUAGCUACUAUUAUCUAAGCAUAAUUGGUAAAUCUUCACUCGAUUUUUUCACUUAGUGUUUAUCAUUAUUCGUAUUUUGUUGUUGUUAUUAUAAUUUAAAUUUUUGUUAGGGUGCACUUAAUUUGGAGCCAAGCUCUGUUGUGCUUACCCCUUCCAUGAUAGCUUAGGAACUUAGAUAAUUGUCAUGGAUAAAGUUAUGUAAAUAA